UGUAUGUGUAUCUUACUGUGUGUUGUGUGUGUGUGUAUGUGUAUCUUACUGUGUGUGUGUGUGUGUUGUCAGACUGUGGAGUAAGGCGAUCUUCACCGGGUACAAACGCGGUCUGAGGAACCAGCGCGAGCACACGGCUCUGCUGAAGCUCGAGGGCUGCUACACCCGAGACGAGGUCCACUUCUACCUGGGCAAACGCUGCGCCUACGUCUACAAGGCCAAGAAGAACACAGUGACCCCUGGUGGUAAACCCAACAAGACUCGUGUGAUUUGGGGCAAAGUGAUGCGAGCUCACGGCAGCAGUGGGAUGGUCCGCGCCAAGUUCAACAGGAACCUCCCCGCCAAGGCCAUCGGACACCGCGUACGAGUGAUGCUGUACCCGUCACGAGUCUGAGGAAAAAAACUUUGGUUUAUUUGUAAAUAAAUGAACGAGGUUCAAA